AGAAAGUACUCAGAUAGUCUCUCUGUACUCUUUCUCUAUGUAAUAAUAGAUCAUAAAUAUUGUUAUAACUCUGCCAUGCGCACCACCAUCAAAGAUAGAAGGUACGCACUGUAAUAAACUAGACUGAAAAGGAUGUCAACAUUAGGAAGAGAAGAGAACGAUUUCCGCCCAAGUUGAGAGCCAAUAUCAUGAAUAUGCAAUAUGGAGAGAUUGUGCCUAAGAUCUAUAGAUGUUGUUUUGUGUACCUGUGAUGUCGUGUUUAAUUAACAGAUAUGGACAGUUGUUUUAAGAUGAAGCCCAUUGGUACCUUGAAAUCUGUUUUUCACUACAAAAAUGGAAUUCCAAGGCAAUCAUCACUUUGUCAAGCAGCUCGUGGUGUUCUUACAAUAGAGAAAUGUGUUUUCAACAAUCCUGAGCAUUCAUUGCAAGGUCUUGAAGAGUUUUCACAUGCUUGGAUUAUUUUUGUUUUUCAUAAAAACAAUAACACUUAUACUAAAGCUAAAGUUAAACCUCCAAGACUGGAUGGACUGAAAGUAGGAGUGUUUUCUACACGUUCACCAUACAGGCCUAAUAACAUUGGACUCUCUUUGGUUAAAAUUGAUAAAGUUGUUGGUUCUUCAGUUUACAUCUCGGGUAUAGAUUUGUUAGAUGGUACACCUGUUCUGGAUAUCAAGCCAUACAUUCCUGAUUAUGACAGUCCCAGGAAUUUGUUACCACAUGAAGACAGCACUAGCACUGAUGAAAUCACUCCACUCAAUGAUCAGCAUUUAAAAAGCUUAGAACUUGCAACUGAUGCUCCAUGCUCUGAUAAAAGUGAACAUGAUCAAGCAAUAUCAAAACAAACUAGCCCAGCUAACACAGAUGCUCAAAGGGGAACAAAUAGUGUUGAGUCUGGAAACAGUUCAAACAUUCAACCAAAAUCUGAACUUAAUCACCAUAUGGUGACUGAAGGUUUUUACCAGCUGUCAGGGGCACUGAAAAAAGUUGGUGAGGCACUUGAAUCUAGUCUAACUCCCAAGGAAGAUAAUGGUUGUCCCUCUGAGAAGCUUAAUGAAGACAGUGAUUUAAGUCAAAUAUUAAACUUAAGUCUUGGUACAGAAAUUCAUGACAUUUUAUCCACCAAAGCAAAUAAUACUGUUCCAGAUAACAGUAUGAAUCACCGUUCUAGUUCACACUCAAAGAAAGUAAACAUUGAAAAACUAUUAAGUAUUGGAGGUGAUUCCUCUCAAAAUAUCACGUCAUCAGUAAAAUUCAAGAAGGAUAACUCAGAAAUUCUGCAACAUAAAACCUCCAUGGUUGCCCCUUGGCUAACCAAUCCACCUGUAUCUAAACUUAAGGUAUUGUUCACACCUAGGGCUUUGGAACAGUUGGGUAAAUUCUGUCAAUCCUCACCUGAUGAGAGUUACAAGUUACAGAUGUUGUUAGAUGUCUCAGAGGCUGAAAGGUCAAUAUCUGAAAUUCUUUCAGAGGAGCCUCGUUCUGUGUAUAGACGUCAGCAUUGUCAGGACAGUUUGUACUAUUUCACUCUGGAUGUGUUGCAUGUGACUUGUUGGUUUGACGAUGACCAAGUGGAAGUGGUGAGAAUUAAACCUAUUACUCUUGUGCCUAAACUAAAGCAAAAUUCAAACGGUGACUCAUCAUAAUAAAUUACAAUGUAAAAAGAAAAUACAGUAAAUUUCUUCAUUUAUCUAAUCAAGCAUGUAAUGUAAAAAUAUCCCUUGAAAGAUACAGCUCACCAAUUUGUGACUUAUUAUUUUAAUUAUCUUCUUACUUGAUCGCUUUUCAUUAAUACAGGUUUCUCACUGCACAUAAUUUUAAUGUACACACACUUAUGUUUCUUUUAAAGUUAACUUUUCUUUCUUUUUAUUACUGUUUUAUAGUUGGACAUGAAACAAAAUAUAUGUGCAUAGAAUUUUAAAAUGAUUUUCUGCAUUUCUAUCUUUUCUGGUAAAAAUAUUUCCAAAUUCUCUCAGACGCAUUGAACAAAAAAUAUGUAAGUGGGCAUAUCAUGUAAGAGAACAUAUCUAGAUCUUUAGCAGCAGAUUAAAAAAAAAUUUCCACUACACAUUAUAUAUAAAUGUUCCAAGGUCAAUCUAGUCAUGAAUGUUAUCAAUGUUUUAAAUUCUGCUUAGUCAUUGGUUUUCUUGGCUGACUCAGGCAACUUAUUCCAUGCUCUAAUAGAACUAGGAAAGAAGCAGCAUUUGUACAAAUUUGUCCUAGCUUAUGGAACAAGGAAUGUGCCUUUAUUUAUUAGGUUUUGGUUUUUGUUUUUUUUUAAUAUAGUAAUAACUAACAUUUUUCAAAGAUAGAUUGAAACAUUUGGUAAUUCUUGCUAUUGAGCGUGAUCUAUGUAGGAAACAGAAUUAUUAUGAUAUACUAUAUGACUUUGCUACAUGCAAUACUCAUAAAGUAAUUCUGUAGGUACGUAGUAAAUAAUGAAUAAAACGCAUAGACGAAUUUAUUUUCUAAUACAAACUCUUAAAUUUCACUUGGCCCCGCGAAAUCCGUUUCACAUAGGGCCCCACAAUAGUUAAGUCUGGCCCUGCUAUUUACAUAUAUAUAUAUAUACAUGGUAGAUUACUUAGAUUAGUUCCUAGUCCAAACCUCCCGCAGGACAAAGGGGGAUGGGAGUGGGCAGAGUUUGAUAAAUUUAAAGACAGCCAAGCGCGCAACCAGUUAUCCGUAGUAUGAAUACUACUCUUGUUUUCUUGUGAUCUUUCCUUUACUUCUUCUCGUCCAAACUGUUGAGGGAAGAAUAUAAUUAUAUAUAUAUAGAUAAUUAUUAUUGUUCAUAUUCGAUUAUAAAUCAACCAAUAAAUAAAUUUUGUUUAUUUGCAA